AUGCAGCUUGGCGACUCAACUGUCAGGCCGCUGCGGCAUGUCACACAUGAGAGCGUUGAGAGCCAGUUGACCCACGGGGUGACGCUUGUAUCCAGACAGCGUUUGGCAGCUGCACGCCCGGCACGCUGUACACACGGAACAAACCAUGCAAGUGCCGCAGCUUGUGGGAUGCUGUGCACCCUUGGUACUGUUCUGCCGAAGUCCAAGAAAUCAAUGUCUAGAAGGCCUCAACAAACCCGUCGAUCUCAGGCGGCACAGCAGUGGCCAAGACCAACAGCUGCAGAGCUUGAAGCUUUGAGCCAUGAGCAGACAUUGGCACUGAAUGCUACGCCAAGCAAAGAUUUGAACCUCAACUUGGCACAACGGCUGGGGGGUCUUAUUGACCACUGGAAAGCUUGGAGGUGGUCUCAAGAACACUGGAUCCAGAAUUUUGGACACUUGAAAUUCCGCUUGCGCCCUUGUACAUCUCUCCAUCACUAUGGUUAUGCAGGCCCAGCAGAGCGAUUUGUUUCGUUGGAGGAAUACCUAACCUCAGAUACCUUCAACAGGAAGUUUGUAUUGUUCGAGAAUGACUUUGAUGCUGAACGGCUUGAAAUACUGGAUGGUUUUGCCGUCCCAGAGCUUCUGGCUGGAAUUCAUGGGGCGCCCAUUUUCAGCGUUGGUCGUAAAGACACCGGUGUUGGAUUUCAUCGACACAGUGCUGCAUGGCUUGCUCAACUGCAGGGCCGGAAACUAUGGCUGUUGGUUCCAGGUGGCAAGCGACCAGCUGAACGGCCCCCCUGGCAGUACCUGACACAGAAACCGAAGCACUUGAUUUGUGGCGUGGCACAUCCUGGUGAGGUUGUCUUUGUGCCAGCUGGAUGGUGGCACGCCACAUGGAACCUGGACGAUGUGGUCGUGGCGGCUGGUUGGGAGAAGGGUGGCUCCGGAUUGUGGGCUCCAGAGAUGCAUGCCAUCGCAGAUGGCGAUGCAGCUCGACUGACAGGCAUGGACUUCGAGGUAUCGCUACCAGCCCUUUCUUUGGCCGCGCGCUCUGGCAGGAAGGAGAUUCUGGAACUGCUCCUGCAGCGGCUUCGCCUGCACCGCGACGCGACGCUGAAAGAUGCUCCAUCCAUAGCCAUCGCAGCAGCUCGCAGUGGGCAUGUCCACAUACUUUCGCAUCUGUGGAACGAGGGUAUCACCAGUCUCCUGCAGGCUAGCAGGGUGAGUGGCAGUACAGCGCUUCAUGAGGCCUCCAGAUGUGGGCGUGUUGACGUCCUUCGAUGGCUCUUGUGUCACAGCGCUGACUGCCGGCAGAUGGAUGGUGAUGGAUCUGAAGCUCUGCAGGUGGCAGCAGAAUUUGGCCACAUUAUGGUCGUGGAGGUGUUGCUGCAACACAAUGCCCACAUUGACGCACAAAAUGCCAAGGGCUUCUCAGCACUGAUGCUAUCAGCAAGGAAUGGACAUUCAGCUGUGGUGCAACUCCUCUGCCACCAAUCUGCUCUAAAUCUUCAAGACACCAAAGGACGCAUGGCUCUUCAUCAUGCAGCCAUGCGUGGACACGAAGACGUUGUCACUUGUUUGCUGAAAGCUUCGGCCGAUGUGGAUUCCGUGGAUGCUGCUGGACGGACACCUUUGCACCUGUCAACCCUUGGUCUAAUCGAACGGGAUGCUACCUCGGAAAAGAUUGAGUUUGUGGAGGAUGCGCACCUGCCAGUUGUGCGGAUUCUUCUGCAUGCAUUGGCUGAUGUAAAUCUGCAGGAUGACUUGGGCAAGUCUCCUUUAGGUUACGCGGCUGGAAGUAUGAAAGGUUGUCCAGAGCUUCUGCCACAAAGUCCCUUGGCGAGCUCACAGGAUCUGCCCUCGCAGGCCGAUGUUGUGAUCAUCGGUGGUGGCUCCAUUGGAACGUCCACGUUGUACCACUUGCGAAAGGAGGGAGUGAAUGCUGUCCUGCUUGAACGGCACCAGCUCACAGCUGGCACGACCUGGCAUUCAGCCGGGAUGCUUUGGCGCUUGCGACCCACAGAUGCCGACAUUGAGCUGAACGCCUACUCCCGUGAAAUGUGCAAACAACUCGAGCAGGAAACAGACAUUGCCAGCUGGACUGAGAAUGGUGGCCUGUUUGUUGGCACCAAUGCAGAGCGGCUCGCAGAGUACAAGCGGUUUGCAGAAACCGGCAAGUAUUUUGGCAUAGAAAGCCAUGUUCUGUCGCCAUCAGAAGUGAAGAAAGUGCACCCGCUGCUCAGAGUGGAUGACAUCUAUGGAGGUGUUUAUUCGCCGGGCGAUGGCACCAUCGACCCCACCAGCAUUUGCAACGCCUAUGCCAAGGCAGCGAAGAAGUAUGGAGGGGGAGUUUAUGAGAAUGUGGCUGUGAGCGGCAUUGAGGUGGAAGACUACAAGACCUUGGGCGGUGCCAAUUCUCGGCGGAUCCAAGCAGUUCUGACCGCCUGUGGGCAAAGAAUCCAGACGCCCACAGUGGUCAAUGCAUGUGGUGCUUGGGCCAACGAGAUUGCAAGGAUGGUAGAUGUACAGAUUCCUUUGAAAGCCAUGAAGCACGCCAUGGUCUUGACAGAGCCUAUUGAAGGGAUGCAUAGCGGACUGCCUAAUGUGAGAGAUCAUGAUUUGUCGGUUUACCUCAAGACACAAGGAGACUCCAUGGCAAUUGGCGGCUAUGAACAAAAUCCCGAGUUUUGGCCAGAUGUCGAUCCUCAAUUUGCCUUCGGCCUGUUUGAGCUCGAUUAUGACACCUUCGGACAGAACUUGGCGGGCCACAUGCAACGUUGCCCUGUGAUCGAAGAAACUGGAAUCAAGUCCACAGUUUGCGGUCCCGAAUCCUUCACCCCAGACCACAAGCCGCUGAUGGGUCCAUUUCCUGGUCUUCAAGGUUUCUUCUUAGCUUGUGGUUUCAACUCUAUGGGCUUGAUGCUGGGAGGUGGGGUUGGCAGGGAAAUGACCAAGUGGAUUCUCACAGGGUCUCCAGAAGUCGAUCUCUUCAGCUUCGAUUGUGCGCGUUUCCAUCCCACCAGUGUCAGAGAUGAUGCUUGGGUGAAAGACAGGACGCAUGAGAGUUAUGCCAAGACUUAUGCCAUCGUCUUCCCGCACGAUGAGGCCCUGGCUGGUCGUGGGAGUCGCAAGUCGGCUUUGUAUGAUGAGUUGCUGAGCCGCGGCUGUGUUUAUCAAGCUAGACAUGGCUUCGAGCGCCCGGGCUGGUUUGAAACAUCGCUGCCGGGAUUGCAGGAACCCAAAAGUUAUGACUACUAUGGUGCCUAUGAGGAAGGCGCCUGGAGAUUGGGCCAACAAGACCACCCAGACGUCCCAAAGCAUCCAGAACACAAAUACUUGGAUUUGGUCGAAGGAGAGCUUACUUUUGAUUGGCCAGCCAGUCAUAGCACCGUUGCAGAGGAAUGUCGUGCAGCUCGUGAGGGUGUAGCAUUUUUUGACCAGUCCUAUUUUGGGAAGUUCUUCUUGCGUGGAGAAGAGGCGGACCAAGCAGUGCAGUAUUUGUGUGGUGCUGAUAUGGAAGGAAAACAACUUGGAUCCGUGACCUACACACCCCUGUGCAACUCUCGAGGAGGUGUUGAGGCAGAUCUGACUGUCACCAAAUUGAAAGAUGCCGAUGGAAGCAACUACUACUAUUUUGCUGCGGGGGGAAAUACAGCAACGAAAGACCUGGCAUGGAUUCGCCAGGUUCUGGAAGACAACCAUUUCAAGGCAAAGAUUGAUGAUGACAGCGAUUCCAUGACUCUGAUGUCAGUCCAGGGCCCAUACAGCCGGAAGCUUCUGCAGUCACUUACAGAUGUCGACAUGGACAAUGAAGCCUUUCCGUUCUCCUCUGCGAGGUGGUUGAACAUUGCAGGCUGCCGCUUGUUGUCUCUGCGGCUGACUUUUGUUGGCGAGUUGGGCUUUGAGCUUCACGUUCCAUCGGACUCAGCGGUUUCAGUCUACCGUGCUGUGCGGGAGGCGGGUGAGAUGCUCUCACAGACCGAGUGUGUCCCUGUUCGGGAUGCCGGGUAUAGAGCCAUUGACAGCUUGUCUGCUGAGAAGAACUUGAGGCAUUGGCAUGCUGAUCUCAGCAAUCGCGACACGCCUUUGGAGGCUGGAAUUGGAUUCACUGUCCUGUCCAAGCUGAAACGCACAGGUGAUGAUGCGCCAAACUUCUUGGGGCGCCAAGCACUGGAGAAGCAGCGUGCAGAAGGUUUACAGCGCAAGCUGGUAUGUUUGGUGUUGGAAGCUGGGAACGUGCCCCUGCAUGGUGCUGAAAGCGUUUGGAGAGAUGGAGAAUGCGUCGGUUAUGUUCGCUCAACUGCAUUCGGUCACACCAUCGGCAGCUGCAUUGCUUAUGGCUACGUGGAUUGCCCGAGGUCGGAGGCCAAGAUCACCAACAAGUGGCUGGAGGCUGGCGAGUGGCACAUCGGAGAUAAGGGUGAGAAGCAUCCUGCCAAGCUGCAUUUGAAGGCCCCAUUUGAUCCUACGAACUCGCGGGUGAAGGGAAGCUAUGAUAUUCCGAUGCCAUCUUUGACCUUUAGUCAACCGGUGGCUCAGGCUCAAGUAUGA